UUACAACUGAUCUCAUUCAAUAAAGGAAACAGUAGAUUUUUAUCUUUUAAGGGUGGUUGUUCCCCACCACCCCAUAAAUGCAGGUAAACUUGAAUCUCUGCUCUUCACAAUGAACACCACAGCACCCUGGGUUUUGAGGUUUCAGCCUGUCUUGUUCAAUGCCACUGAAGAGGUCAACCAUUCAGGUUUUGGCAACAGAGGGGAUCAUGAGUUCUGUGAGCAAGUCUUCGUCAAAGCCGAGGUGUUCUUGAUACUUGGAAUCAUCAGCCUUCUUGAGAACAUCCUGGUCAUCCUUGCAGUGAUCAAGAAUGGCAACCUACAUUCACCCAUGUACUUCUUUCUCUGUAGCCUGGCUGUGGCAGACAUACUGAUGGGGAUGUCCAAUGCCUUGGAAACCCUCAUGAUUGCCAUCCUGAGUAACGGCUACUUAACCAUGGAUGACCACUUCAUCCAGAACAUGGACAACGUUUUCGACUCCAUGAUCUGUAUCUCUUUGAUUGCCUCCAUCUGCAACCUUUUGAUCAUAGCCAUUGACAGGUACAUUACCAUUCUCUAUGCGCUCCGGUACCACAGCAUCAUGACUGUGAGGAAAGCUCUGGCGCUUAUCGGGGUCAUCUGGACCGCUUGUACCUUUUGCGGCAUCAUGUUCAUUGCCUACUACGAGAGCAAAACGGUCAUUGUCUGCCUCAUCACCAUGUUCUUCACCAUGCUCUUCUUCAUGGCCUUGCUUUAUAUUCACAUGUUCCUGUUUGCACGCUUACAUGUCAAGCGCAUUGCGGCCCUCCCGGUGGAUGGAGUCCCCCACCAACGCACCUGUAUGAAAGGCGCUGUCACGAUUACUAUUCUGUUGGGUGUCUUCAUCAUUUGCUGGGCACCCUUUUUCCUCCAUCUUAUCCUCAUCAUUUCUUGCCCCACCAACCCGCACUGCCUUUGCUACACUUCUCACUUCAACACCUACCUGGUUCUUAUCAUGUGCAACUCGGUCAUUGAUCCUCUUAUAUACGCUUUCCGGAGUCUGGAGAUGAGAAAGACCUUCAAGGAAAUUGCUUGUUGCUGUUAUAGCAUAAGCACGGGGCAAUGCAUGCUCUGAACUCAAUCCUACGCUCACCUUCACACCUGCCAGAUGAUGACGGCUUGAAGUGAACAUGGCUGCAGUUUGACCCGUCCAGAAAGUGUAGCAUUGGGGAAGGUGAAGACAUGAAAUGGUUAAACGCUGAAGCAGAAAUCCUAAAUAGCUUUCUCCAGUUGCCAGUUGCUAGCAGCGAUCCAGGAAAGGAAGAAAAACUGAGAGAAGUGGUGUUUUUUUCUUUUUUCCCCCCUUCUCCCUUCCCUUCUUUUU